AUGGGGUCGGGGACCCUGGCGCUGCUUUUGGGGUUCGUUCUCUGCAACCCCACGGGAGCUGCGGGGCCGUGCUGGGAAAAAUCCCAAUGCCGGGAACUCGGGAAUGAGGCCGGAAUCCUGGCGUGCGCCGGCUCGUGCCGGGCGCGGCUUUCCCUGGAAUCUCCGGUUUUUCCCGGGAACGGGCAGCUCCAGCCGCUCUCCGAGAGCCUCCGGCGCUACGUCAUGAGCCACUUCCGGUGGAACCAGCUCGGCCGGAAGAACGCCAGCGAGCCCGGAAAACGCCAGGAAGAGGAAGAGGAAGAGGAAGAGGGAAGCGAUCCCGGAAUUCCCGGUUUUUUCCGGCGGCCGGGGAAGGACGGGAAGCGCUCGUAUUCCAUGGAGCACUUCCGGUGGGGGAAACCCGUGGGGCGCAAGAGGAGGCCGGUCAAGGUCUACCCCAACGGCGCCGAGGAGGAGUCGGAGGAGAAUUCCCGGCUGGAAUUCCGGAGGGAAGAACCCACGGAAGAGGAGGAUGAGGAAGAGGAUGGAGAAUUCCCGGAAUUGCCAUGGAAUUCCCGGAAGGAGAAGCGUUACGGGGGAUUCAUGAGCCCGGAGAGGAUCCGGACGCCGCUGGUGACGCUCUUCAGGAACGCCAUCGGGAAGAGCUUCUCCAAGGAUGGGCAGUGACCGGGAAAAACUCGGGAAAAAAAUCCCGGAAAAAAGAAAAAACCGGGAAAAAAAUAUCCCGGAAAAAAGAAAAAACCGGGAAAAAAAUCCCCGGGAAAAUCCCACGGGAUCCGCGGCCCCCGUAGUGUCCCCCCCACCCCCCUCUUAGAGCCCGAUCCGCCCUCGUUAAUUAAAAAACGAAAAUUAAUCCCGGGGAUUCGGCGCGGUGGGAAUUCCCAGGUUGGGAAUUUUGUUGGCGGGACGGAUCCCGGGUUGGGAAUUC